AUGAAGCUGCCAUGGUUGCGAAGUGUCUACAAACACUGGGACGAUGCCACAUGGGACCGAUAUAGUUACUUCGAGCUCGCAGUGCUGGUCUCCCUGCCAUGGCUGGUCUGCGUGCUGAUGAGCUUCCUGUUCGCAUCCACCUACCACAGCAUGCCGUUGACAGUGUGGGUGAUCGCACUGACCUUGCUGACUGUGUGCAUUUGGCAUGCGCGGCACGACGCGCAGCACGGGGUGCAGGAGUGGCACACCGUGCUGCCGUUGUCCUGCAUGGCUGGGGUGGUUGUGUCAUCCUGCCUCGGGCUCGUGGCUUACAAAAGUUUCUACUCACAGUACUGGCUCUACCGGUCGAGCCAUUCCUAUGUGAAUGUGCUUCCCUCGGAGCCCGCUGCGGGCUACCUGGAUGCUGGGAAGCUCGUGUUUGCGGAUGAGGCUCGCGUCGAUGCAAAACGAGGCCUUGGUUUCAAGGACAGGUCGGUGUAUUGCGUCGCACCGAUCAUCGACGACUCGAAGCCUGAGAAGAUCCAGUUCUGGGCCGCAGGGCAGGACUGCUGCAGCGCUCGGGGAGAUUUUGAGUGCGACGACGCCUGGGACAGGAAAGCGCACGCCGGCGUCGUCGUGCGCCGGGCAGCACCAGAGUACCUGCAGGCCGUGAAGCAGGCGAAGGCGGUCUACGGCCUCUCCAGUCCGGCAGAGCCCAUCUUCGUGCAGUGGGUGGUGGACCCGGAGAAG